AUGGCCGCCUCCACCAUGUCCGUCUGCUCCGACGCUUGCACCAACUCCUCCUGGCAGGUGGACGACUGCCCAGAGAGCUGCUGUGAGCCUAGCUGCUGUGCCCCCAGCUGCUGCCAGACCAGCUGCUGUGCCCCCAGCUGCUGCCAGACCAGCUGCUGUUCCAGCUGCUGUGCCCCAGCCCCCUGCUUGACCCUCAUCUGCACCCCAGUGAGCUGUGGGUCCAGCCCCUGCUGCCAAUCUGCCUGCAGCAGCUGCUGCACACCCUCAUGCUGCCAGCAAUCUAGCUGCCAGCCCUCAUGCUGCCAAUCUUCCUGCUGUGUGCCUGUCUGCUGCAAGCCUGUCUGUUGUGUGCCAAUCUGCUGUGAAGCUGAUUCUUCUUCAUGCUGCCAGUCUAGCUGUGAACCCUCUUGCUGUACCUCCUCUCCCUGCCAGCAGUCCUGCUGUGAGCCCAUGUGCUGCGAGCCUUUGUGUUGUGAACCCGUCUGUUGUACACCCAUCUGCUGUACCCCCAUCUGUUCUGGAUCCUCCUCUUGCUGCCAGCAGUCUAGCUGCCAGCCCUCAUGCUGUCAAUCCUCCUGCUGUGUGCCUGUCUGCUGCAAGCCCGUCUGCUGCACACCCAUCUGCUCUGGAUCCUCCUCAUGCUGCCAGCAGUCUAGCUGCCAGCCCUCAUGCUGCCAGCCAUCCUGCUGUGUGCCUGUCUGCUGCAAGCCUGUCUGCUGCAAGCCCUGCUCCAGCGUGUCCCUGCUCUGCCGCCCUGUGUGCAGACCUGCCUGCUGUGUGCCCAGCUCCUCCUGCUGUGCCUCCUCCUGCCAGCCCAGCUGCUGCAAGCCCUGCUCCAGCAUGUCCCUGAUCUGCCGCCCUGUCUGCUCCCGCCAAGCAUGUUGUGGCCUCUCCUCGGGCCAGAAGUCCAGCUGCUGA